AUGUCCUUUGUCAAAUCCGGGUACCUCUUGAAGGAAGGGUCGGGCCAAGGGCUCUUCCAGAAGAAGAACUGGAAGCGCCGGUACUUUGAGCUCACGUCCAGCACACUGCGCUACUCGGUGCUGGAACAAGAUGCGAAGGUGCGCGGGCAGAUCAACCUCGAUGGGCUCUCGGGCAAGGCGAUCGAAACGCUGGCGCCGGAAACGGGCGCUGACGUGGCACUACCAACGUCGCAGUGGCGCUUCGUUGUGGCCACGCACGACAGACGCCUCGUCGUUGCCACGUCGUCCGAACAAGAGAUGUGCGACUGGGUCGACGCGCUCUUGCGCGUCUUGCACGAAGAGCCUCGCUUCGACACGACGCCAAGGUCACGCCCGACACUGUCGCCAAACGAACUCCACAAGUACCCGUUCGCCAAGCCCGCUGCGUAUGGCAGCUUGCCCAUCAUCAAGCUCGCGCUGACCAAGAUCGACGUGGCGGCGUAGCGCUCUUCACCGACGGUCUGCGAUACCUUCGUUGCCACUGGAAGCGAACGAGUGUCACUCAACUAAUUUACUGCAUUUAGCGAC